AUGGACCACCAGAAACAGCUGCUCCUCUUCCCGACCACCAGCGGCGUCCGCCAGCGAGUCCAGCCCGCCGGAUCGGCCGCCUCCCUCGCCACAUCCACCGCCCCCACGCCCCUGGCCACCAAGAAGAGCUUCCACUUCUUCCGCCUCCCCCAUCCCCGCGCGCCCUCCCACCAGCAGCAGCAGGUCUACCCCAACGGCUCCGUCGACCCCAGCCCGGUCUCCUCGCUCGCCUCCCUCGGCACCAGCGGCUCGCGCGCCUCCUCCAAGACCUCCGCCGGCGCCGGCCGCAUGGCCCGCCUCUUCUCCCGCGUCCUGCCCUCCUCCGCAUCCACCCCCGCCCUCGUCGGCCCCUCGAAGGCCCGGCCCCAGAUCGCCAAGUCCAUCUCCACCCAGCACAGCCUGGCGCUGACAGAGACGGUGACGCAGAACAUCGCCCCCACCGAGCCCGCCCCGCCCGCGAUCCCCGGCCCCCAGACGACCAAGAAGCUGGUCGCCAGCCCCUCCCUGCUGUCCGACACGCCCCCGCCCCAGCCCGACCCGGCCCCCAGUCGCAAGCUCGCGCCCGCCCCGGCCGGCCCGCCCCCCCGGACCUCGUCCUCCGCCCUCGCCCUCGACCGCGCCGUCCCCCCCGCCCCAGCGAAGCCCGCGCCCAGCGUGCCGCGAGCCAUCGACGGCGCCGCCGCGGCCGCCGAGUGGGCCGCCCUCGAGGCCAUCCUCGCCAACUUGCAGAGCCUGCCCCGCCCCAAGUCCGGCCAGCAGGCCGAGAGCGCCCGCGCCGACCUCACCGCCGCGCUCACCGGCCACCUCCUGCCCUUCCUCAAGCGCCAGGAACGCUUCGUCGGCGCCGUCUAUCUCGACCCCGGGCUGGCCACCGCCCACCGCACCAUCCUGCUCGGCUGGCUGGAGCUCAUCUUCGACGAGCUCAGGGAGCCCCUGCCCACCUCCAGGGCCGCCUGUCUCGACGGCGUCUCCGGCAUCCUCGAGAGCCACUUCUUCGCCAGCCAGAACCUCAACGCCAGUCCCGAGGCCGCCAAGCAGUACCGCUCCGUGCUCGUCUCCGUGCUCAACUUCGCCAUCGACAAGCUGAACGACAAAGGUGUGUUGUCUCCCCACAUCCCCCGUUCCGGGAAGCUGAGAGAGUGUUUUGUAGCGGUGUAUGCGAACACGCUGGUGUUCGCGGGCCGGAUGCUGUCGCUUGCGUUUUUCCGGAUCGAGGGCGUGGGCCGGAAGCUCCUGCGGGCGUUGCCGCCGGUCAAGCGGAUGUCGAUGCGCCGGCUGCUCGACGAGAUGGACCAUCCGCCCCGGCCGCCCGGCGAGCCCGGCCUCGUCGAGCCCCCCAACCUCCAGCCGUUCCCCGCCUAUCUCCGCGAACUCUGCUUCGUCGACCUCGCCUCCUACUGCACGACGAUCUGCUCGACCCGCGGCGUGUCCGACAAGCCGUGGGCGAUCUCGGAGCUGCCGCCGGAAGAAGUGUGCGCGGAGACCGUCGACUUCCGCGACCCGACGACGGGGCUGCUCAGCGCCGGCGGGCCGGGCGCCGAGAAGCCGUCGGUGGCCAAGGUGGUCUCCUGGCUCAAGGUGGUCAAGCGGCUCGGGGGGAGCUCGAAGGCGAAGACGCGGCCGGACUAUCCGUCCCCGGCGGGGCCGGAGCCGGCGGGGCGUCAACCGAUGGGGGAGCCGCGGCAGGGCUCGCCGGUGCGCUCGCUCAGCAAGCCCUGCGACGCGGCGCCCGGGCCGGCCCAGGUGGAGCUCAGCGAGCUCGAGAACGAGUCGGUCGGGCGCGGCUCGGAGAGCUCGGUGCGCUCGGCGCCGGCCUCCCACCACGGGCCCGAGAGCCCGACGUUCUUCCAGUUCGAGUUCGAGCUCGGCGCCGACAUCCCCCGCUCGGACUCCUUCGACACAAUCCUUGCAUUCGCUGAGCUGCAACAGUCUGGCAACGGCGCUGAAAGCGAGCCUCUUGCCGCCGGGAUCCGCCCGAUGAAGCAAUGCGUUUUCCUGGCCACUAGGCUCAGCCAGGAGGAAACCACCCUAAACCACCUGGUUGGCAUUGCAUAA